UUGCAAUUCUUAAUCAAUAAUGGUGCAUAGCCACGUUUUCUUUUGGUCAACAUUAGUACCGUUGAUGAAAGUCUAUUCUGGAAUGUGCAUGUAUUUGUCAAUUAAUUGGAUGCAUUAUAAUGUGGUGAUACUAUUGGUGACAUGGAUCAGUCAUGCAUUUUGAGUAGUAUAUAAACCGGUGACUUAAGUGUGCUCGGCUUGAUACGAUAGAAAAUUUUGUCCUUUGAUGCAUUUCUGUCUCUGCAUGGUUAGUUAUUGGUUAGGAUUGUUGAUAAUAUCAUUGUGACUCAGUAGCCAUCUACUUCUUCUCUCUCUUAUUUAUUGUUGGAUUGACUUUCAGAUUUUUGCUGAGAAACCGGCUGUACGCCAGACAUUUCUAAAUUUUGUUCCAAGCAAUGUUAGAAUGUGCAACUUUUUUCUCUUUUUUGUGGCAAUAUUUUUUUUCCUCAAAGAUCACCUCCUUUUGUAUUUUUCUCAUUAACUUUAAGCUAACUUCUACAUUGGGGUUAAUGUAUACAUUUUCUGGAUUCCAGAUGACAGAAAAAGAGUUCUGGACGAAAUAUUCAAGAGCAGAAUACUUACACAGUACGAAAAUUGUUGUUGUGGCUGCAGCAGAGGCUGCAGAAGAUGAUGAGCUGGCUGUUUUCUUGAAGCAAGAUGACAUGGCAGCAAGUGAAGCUCGGCGGAAAGUGCUCUAGAUUAGAAGAUUGGGGUUUUGCAUUAUUUAGGUCCGGUACAUUAGACCUAUUUUCUGCAAUCUUAUUGAUAGGGCCUGUAAGGA